UUUUGUUAGAGUUUAGUUGUGAAUGUGGAAGAGAGGAGGUCGGGAGAAGUGGAUCUGUGGUUCAUGUUUUAUUUUAUAAUACACCAGAAAGCGCAUCGAUUUGGAUUAUUUUCUUUAGGGGGCGGAGAACGUAGAUAUGGGACGAUGAAGAUUUGCAAGUGAUUCUCAGUGGAUUUUUUUUUACAUUAUUUAUUAUUUAUUCUAUUUUUGUUCUGCGGACUCGUUUCUCGUGGGAAAGCUGCCGUUGUCUGGAUCUGGAGAGGAUGGAUCAGGCUGCUGUCCUAAGGAAGUUCAUUCAAGGGGUUCAGGCCAUGCGGAGCAGGGACCAGAGAGGAGAGGAUAACUUCGGCAGUGACUUCAUGAAAUUGCGGAGGUUAUCCACCAAAUACAGAACAGAAAAAAUCUAUCCCACUAAUGUUGGAGAAAGAGAAGAAAAUGUCAAAAAGAACAGAUAUAAAGACAUACUGCCAUUUGACCACAGCAGAGUAAAAGUAACAUUAAAAACCUCCACUCAGGACACGGAUUACAUCAAUGCAAAUUUUAUUAAGGGUAUGCAUGGGCCAGAGGCCUACAUUGCCACCCAGGGACCGCUAGCUAACACCCUCAUAGAUUUCUGGAGGAUGAUCUGGGAAUACAAAGUUGCUGUAAUUGUUAUGGCUUGUCGAGAGUUUGAGAUGGGAAGGAAAAAGUGUGAACGUUACUAUCCCCUGUUUGGUGACGAGCCUUUGUCUUUUGGACCAUUUAAGAUCUCAUGUGAGGCAGAAGAAGCUAGAACAGAUUACUACAUAAGAACUCUUAUAGCCGAGUUUCAGAAUGAAACUCGUAGAAUACACCAAUUUCAUUAUAUCAACUGGCCGGAUCAUGAUGUCCCAUCGUCAUUUGACUCCAUCCUAGACAUGAUCAGUUUUAUGCGAGAGUACCAGGAGCAUGAAGAUGUGCCUAUCUGUGUUCACUGCAGCGCUGGGUGUGGACGAACAGGAGCCAUUUGUGCCAUUGACUACACGUGGAACUUGCUGAAAGCUGGGAAAAUUCCAGAAGACUUCAACAUCUUCCAUCUAAUUCAGGAGAUGAGAACACAGAGGCAUUCGGCUGUACAAACCAAGGAACAGUACGAACUGGUCCAUCGAGCCAUCGCACAGCUCUUCGAGAAGCAGCUGCAGCAGUACGAAAGCCCAGCAAACUCAGAAAUGGCAGAUGGCAUGGAUGAAAUCAGCCCUGAGAAACCUGACAGGAACUCGGAUGAGGAGAAGCUAGACACACCGCCACCCAAACCCCCCCGGAUCCGGAGCUGCCUGGUGGAAGGGGAUGUGAAAGAAGAGAUCCUGCAGCCUCCUGAGCCUCGCCCCGUGCCACCCAUCCUCACCCCCUCUCCCCCUUCGGCCUUCCCCACCGUCACCAACGCAUGGCAGGACAACGACCGUUAUCACCCCAAGCCGGUGCUGCACGUCCUGAGCUCCGCGCCAGCAGCCCCGGACCUCAAUGAGAACUACAACAAGAGCCCAGAGCCCGUCUCCAAGGCCGACAUGGGCCCGGCCCUGCCCGAGCCCCUGGAGAGGAAGCUGGAGCGCAAGUUGAGCAUCGAAAUCAAGAAGGUGCCCCUGCAGGAGGGGCCUAAAAGUUUUGAGGGGAACAGCAUGCUUCACCGAACGCACGCCAUUAAAGCCAAAUCCUUCACCAGCUGUAGCUCUUUCUCGGAAGACUUGCCCCCGGAGUCCUGCGCGGAUUUCGCGGGAGCGCAGGCCGGCACGGGCAGCUCUCAGGGCCAGGCACACUGUGAAGCCCCUCCCCGGCCAAACCACCUGUCACUCAGAGAGAAAGGACAGGCGUCCUGGUCCGCCUCCAGCCCAGAGAGAGGCCCCCCGCCCGCUGGGGCCAAGGCUGACGGGGAGAAGUUCCCCAAGGCCGCUGCACUGACGGCUGGUCACCCGAGGAAGGCCGGCGAGGGGGUGCCGACGACCCCCUCCAGAACUCCCCUCAGCUUCACCAACCCGCUGCACUCGGACAACUCUGACUCCGAGGACUCGGGCAGGGACUCGGGCAGAGCCGUACCAGCCAAAAACAUGCCCAGUGUUUCCACCGCAAGUGCCACCGUUUCAGCUGCCUCCUCGGGAGAGAACGCGCCCGCCAGAAAAGUCACGUCAAUGUCAAUCGCUGGCCAGCGUUCGCCUUCAGAAACAAAUUCUGAUCACAGUGUGGACUCUCCUCCUCCUCCUCCUCUGCCUGAAAGAACCCCCGGGUCGUUUUGUCUGGCCUCUGGUCUGGACGUGACGGCCCCUAGUCCCGUGGCACCAGGGGGCUCUGCGGAGUGGUGCGGCCUCCCCCCGGCCAAGGCCAGAGACCCGCCCCAGACCGGAACGGAUACGAAAACACCAAAGAGUACAGAAAAUGAUAACCCCGGGGAAGGAGAAGACCGGAAGAUGGUCAAUGCUGUAGCAGACGUGAACAACGUGCAGGGAGACACUGUUUCGGAGACUGAGCCCGGACAGAUGGGUUUCAGUAACCGCUGCACUAGACCCAGGGGUCCCAGAGACCCUCCGAAUGAAUGGACAUGAUGACCGCACGCCUCGCAUCCGCCUGUACCCUGGAGUCCUCUCGCCUCCUCCAAGUGCCACUGUAUAUCGAAGACCAGACAAGAUGUUCCUCUCUCUUCACCUCCUUUUUGUACUAACACAAUCUCGAGCAGUGUAGAUCUCGAUAACGCAAUGGUACAUCGCCUGUUGUACAUCUGCUGUUUUGCUGGGGGUUCUCAAUGCUGGUGCUAAAUUUCUCUUUGCUGGGACCAUUAACCUGCCUUAUUCAUUUAGUUAGAAGUAUUACAAAUGGAUUUUUUUUUAAUGCAAAAAGUAAAUUAAAGUUUUUUUUUCUUACUCUGUUACAGUAAUUGUAGACUUGCAUUAUUAUGAUACAGUAAGACAUUUAAUAAUAGGGACAGUGGACUACUGUUUAUGCUAACUUCUUGAUAGCUAUAUAUGCAUUGUUUUACAGUUGUACAGGGCAAGUAGGUAUAUAAUGUGACAAAUUUACUGUCAUUAAAUAUUCUUAUUCACAGAAGAUGUAAGAAGUCUCUGCAUGAUUGGAUACUUUGUGUACCAUUUUUUUUGUAAAUUAUUUGCCCUGCUGUUUUAGAAGAUAUUUCAGGUGUUUUUUUUUGUUAUUGUUAACUGCUGGAGAUGAAGCCGCCAGCUCCCAGGAUAGCAUGGGUUAAAGAUUGUAAUAAUACAUUUUUGUAAAUUGUAUUCAAAAGGUUAUUUUUAUAUGAUAUGCGGUUUUAUUCAUCAGCCAUGUUCUGGUGUACCACUAGCCUUGGAGCCUGUCAAGUGCCUUUGGAAAGUCUGCACCUCUGUUAGUAGCACAGGCACAUCACCACGUUUGUGCAUCUGGGAUCUUUUUUUAAACACUUCCAAAACAGACUUGUUUGUAAGUUGCAGAAAUCUAUCAACCUGUCAGUAAAGCAAAUUUAAGCAACA